AUGCUUUUACAGCUUCUCCUUGUUGCCCUCGUAUGCUGCCCUAUCAGCGCAUACGCUAGCCCCAUCUCCCCCGUGUUUCAGCGACGACGCCCACUCGAGAGUUCGCCUGUCGAAUCACAACAUAGCCUAUCUGUCGAGGCCAUCAUUGGUAUAGCCGCCAUAGCCGUAGCCGUAUUGGGCAUAGCGCUUCCCCUCAUAUGGCCUAGCGUGAGGUCAUGGCCCUGUCGCUUACGCUUCCGUCUCAGUGCGGCCAGCUACAACUAUAACAUGCUAUUUCUUAACCGUCUGCCCCGAUGUGCAAUUCCAUCGCCGCCGCCGGUUACCAGUCAUGCGAGCGAUAGAGCAGCCGCGGCUGCGAUACCCCGAUCACAACGCGCAAGAUUCGAUCAUUCUGAACAACAUCGCGAGUUGAUGCGACGCGCCCUGACGUCCUGA